AUUGCAAACAACAUGUCGGACGCCCAUGGUCAGCGUCAGCAUACAAUAACAAUCAAUAUGUGUAGGUAGAGCAAACAAUCGAUUUGUAUUUCGCUGUUCAAAUUUAAAGGUCAACAUGUUGUUGUGUAUAUUCAAAUACUUCAGAUUCCGUUUCAAUAAGAACGAACUAUGGGAUUUGUCACUUUUGAGGUUGUGAAACCUAAAAACUGGGUUUGACAAGUGUUGAAGUGUCAGAAGAGGAGAAAUAGUUCUCACUAUCAGUCCUAAGUUAGAAGAAAGUACGGACGGACAGGAAUCAGCUCAUUAGAUCAGGUCUCUGGGUCGACAUCAUCAGAAUGGACCGAAGUGUUGCGUCACGGAUGCAGGGCUUGUUCCAGCAGCUAGAUAAAUUGGGAGGAAAGUCGGCCAAGAGCCAGCCAUGUGGGGAAGAUCUGCAGCAGUUACGAUAUGUCACGUCCAAAAUAUUUCAAAUCCUAAACACACAAGAGAAAAUCCACCGGGAUAGUGUUUUAAAGAACAGUGGUCACAUCGAUCUCCUCCUGUCUACACUGAAGAACUCCAGUGACCGUACCAUAGUCCUAAAUGUGUUACAUUGCCUUGGCGAACUGAUUGGGAAAACACAGGUCGGGAGGAGGACUAGUGUCCUGGUCAACGCCAACACCACAAGUGUACUUCUGGGGGCCAUCGUGAGGGAGUCGGAGGAACAGGCGACCUGUGAUGACUUACUACUCUGUGCCCACCAGGUCCUCGCCAAGCUGGCGCAGAAAGAUCGAAAGAUUGCCCUGAAAGCCAGACUGAAUCGUGCCUUACCCAUUACUCUGAGUUUAAUAAAAAACAAUUCGUGUAACUUCAAGUAUCUACAGACCUACCUGCAGGUGUUCAAGUAUUACACUAACAAUAGUGUGAAUGCAUCCUACCUCGGGAAACACAACGCCAUUCCUCCUAUGUUUCGUGUCAUACAGCAAUGUGGACGAAAACACAUAACCAUGCUAAAACUGGCCCUCGACAUCCUAAACAACCUAACAAAGUCACGUAACAAUGCGGCCCGUACGAUAGGGGGAGAUCAUGUGCCACACCUCCUUGCGCUGUACCACGAGUGGCACAUGUUAGAUACCAAACACCGCCAUGUGUCUGUCCGCAAGGGUAUACUCAAUAUCAUCAAAAAUAUAACAAAUCUCAAGUCGGGGAGGAAGGUGUUAGCUGAUGCUAAUGGUAUACAGAUCCUGUACGACAGUUCACAGGAGGUCAUCGACUGUCGGGAGAUGGAAAGUCUCAUCCUGUUAGCCAGUGUCAUCAUGAGGAAGUGUUGUCCCCGUAACAAACUCCCUCUUAACAGCAUAAAGUGUCCCGCGGCGUACGAACUCCCGGACAGUGAUCUUUACCCGGAGUCUAGCAGGCAAGAUUCCACAUCAAAUGUGUUCGGUUUCUCUGGGGAGUCGCAGGACAGCGACAACAGUUCACUUGAGGAUGACGACGACAUUGAUAGUGACGACGAACGGUUCAAGACAGAUCCUCCUGAGGAGGUGGAGGAGGACCAAGGUGGGGCACCGGAACCUUUCAAACGCACCGCUGAAGAUCUCAGAAUGUAUGACACCUUCUUCCCAGAGUUGUUUGAAAUUGAGGUAGAUGAUGAGGAAGAUGAGUUGCCACCUCCGAACUCUAUCUACAUUCCUACAGGAACGUACGAGGCGUACCCCCAAAUGCCAACAAUGGGAGAACGUGAACUGUCGUGUCCGGCAGGAAUGUAUCGCAGGGCCAGUACAAUGAGCUACACGAGUUCAAAGAGUAGUGGCUACAGUUCGUUACACUGUGAUGUUAGCGAGUACCCAGAAAACUACCCUAUGGAGAGAUGUGACUCUGCCACAGCGAUUAACCUUAAAACAGGAACGAGUGUUUUUUCACUUGAUUUGCCUCAGCCACUGCAGCCAAGCAAAAGUGCCUUGAAGAAACCGUCGAUGGUGCUAAAAUCUAAUACAACAUUGUCCAGCAAUAAGAAAUCAAAAGGUUCUAAAAAAUCUCAAAAAGACAAAAAAUCAACUAAAAAAGUGAGUUCUUCCAGUCUAGGUAGUUCUAUGGCAUCAUCAACUAUCCGUGAAACGGUAGAACUGGAAUCCGAGUUUGUGAACGCACUGAGCAUAACGCCAGCCCCUGUACGGGGGUCGAUAGAAAAUAUUGACCGUGUCCUGAUGACCUCCAGUAGCGAGGAGGAAGAUCUUGAAGGAUGUCUUCAUGACACGGUUGUUUUCCAGGAAAUGUCUAGAGAGACUAAAAGUGUGUACAGAUUUGAAAAGUUAGCGUAUCCCGAUCUUACAGGGGCGAAAAGUUUACAGACAAACGAAGCGCUGUAUCACCGCAAGUUUGGUGUCCAAAGGGCCAAGGUGUUCGAGGACAUAGAUCGAAUGAUUCACCCGGAGAAUGUCAUAGACAGGGAGGUGUUUGACCUGGACGCUGUAAUUAAAAGGACGGGGUCAACCUAUACAAUCCCCAACCACAACCUUAUCAACAGAGACCCUAUGAGAAUAGGCAGCCAGCUUGACGUGACUGGAGCCAAUUCUCUACGCUUUAAUUCUCAGUUUGAGAGUGGAAAUCUGCGCAAGGCUAUUUGGGUUCGGGAGUUUGAGUACGACCUCAUCCUCAACCCUGAUGUCAACACCAACCACCAUCACCAAUGGUUCUACUUCGAGGUCAGCAAUAUGGUGGCGGACAUACCCUAUAGGUUCAAUAUCGUCAACUGUGAAAAACUCAACAGCCAGUUCAACUUCGGUAUGAGGCCAGUAAUGUUCUCCGUGUCUGAAGCCCUGGACGGCAAACCCUGCUGGUCGCGAGUUGGAUCAGACAUCUGUUACUAUAGAAACCAUUUCACACGGAGUGCCCACGCAACAGGGGGAGUCAAGGGAAAGACGUACUACACAACAACCUUCACAGUCAAGUUCAAACACAACAAAGAUGUGUGUUACCUUGCCUAUCACUACCCCUACACCUACACAACUCUACAGACUCACCUGAGUAUUUGGGAGAGGAUGAUUGACAAUAGGACCAUCUUCUUCAGGAAACAGGACCUAUGUCAGACAAUGACCGGUAACAAUGUGCCAGUACUGACCAUUACGGCCCAGCCGAAGACCUACAGCCGUGACCAUGUGGAGGAGCUUAAAUCAAGACCAUACAUCUUCAUAUCAGGAAGAGUCCAUCCAGGAGAAAGUAACGCGAGCUGGGUCAUGAAAGGAACCAUUGACUACCUGUUGAGUAAGAAGCCAUCUGCUCAGCUACUCAGAGAGACCUAUAUCUUCAAGGUGGUCCCGAUGUUAAACCCAGAUGGUGUUAUCAACGGAAAUCACAGAUGUUCUGUAGCAGCAGAGGACCUGAACCGGCGUUGGGACAACCCCUGUCCCCGACUACACCCGACCAUCUACCACACCAAGGGCAUGCUCCAAUACAUGCAGAUGAUCAGCAAGAUUCCUUUGGUUUAUUGUGACUACCAUGGACAUUCUCGGAGGAAGAACAUCUUCCUGUAUGGCUGUAGUCCAAGUAUGUCCUGGAUCCCCAACGACACACAAAACCCGGCCGUGACGGGCAACAGAGGGGAGGACAACAGCUUCAAGACGUUACCACGGAUACUACACCUGACUUCGCCAGUGUUCUCCUGGCAGAACUGCAGCUUUGUUGUGGAGAAGGCCAAGGAGACGACGGCGCGGAUGGUGGUCUGGCGUCAGAUUGGCGUGAUCAGGUCCUAUACCAUGGAGAGUUCCUACUGCGGGAUUGAUAAGGAGGGAAAGUACAAGGAUCAGCAUAUCUCCACCGCUAUGAUGGAGGACAUGGGACAGAAGUUCUGUGAGGCUCUGCUGAGGAUACGCUCAAAGUACGGAAGUUACGACGGGGUGGCAUCUCUUCCGAGCUCCAGCACCUCACAGCUAGAUAUGGGAGCGAGUGGAGGAGCUCGAGCUAGAGGGGAAGAUCUUGGAGACAGUAUUGGAGACGAUGAUAAUUUCGGAGGUGGAGACGGUGACAUUGACGACAUGAAUGAGGAGUCCUCGCUGGAAGAUGACAUUUCACAGGAUGAAGAUGACAACGUGUACGAUGAGGAUCCUAGUUGAGAUGACAACAUGUACGAUGAGGAUCCUAGUUGAGAUGACAACAUGUACGAUGAGGAUCCUAGUUGAGAUGACAACAUGUACGAUGAGGAUCCUAGUUGAGAUGACAACAUGUACGAUGAGGAUCCUAGUUGAGAUGACAACAUGUACGAUGAGGAUCCUAGUUGAGAUGACAACAUGUACGAUGAGGAUCCUAGUUGAGAUGACAACAUGUACGAUGAGGAUCCUAGUUGAGAUGACAACAUGUACGAUGAGGAUCCUAGUUGAGAUGACAACGUGAACACGAUGAAGACUCUAGUUGUGAUCGACAGAUGAUCAUAAGUUGUCUAUGUGUAUAACAGGACGUUGAAUCAGACAAGCAUUGAUGGCCUUUUGUGACUGAUGUUGGCAGCAUGAAUGUUGUGUACCGUAUUUGCCAUAUUUAGCAUCCCUUCCCCUUUUAAUACCCCCUCCCCUUAGUGAGUGAUUUUACUGGAGAGUUUUAUUCUCCAAGUAUAUUUACAUCUUCUCCAAAAUCAACUACCUAGACUAUGAAGAAACAGUAUAAUUUACUUUAAAGUUUUUAUUCUCACAGGGUUCUAACCUUCUGAAAUUUUCACAGUAGUGCAACUGUUUUUCCACGAAAAUCCACACUUACCUUAAAAUUGGGCAUGACCACUAAACAUGAAAUCCAAGGAAAUAAUAGAUCUCACAAAAUUGACCUUUUAGGAAUUAAUCAGCAAAAAUUACAGGCUGCAAAAAUAAGGCCUCUUAGAGUUUACUGGAAUAUUUCACCUUUUAGUUAACUGGGUGGUAAAUAUGAAAAAUAUGGUACAAACAGAAUUACACUCAGUCUGGCAUUAUUCAGUUUUGACAUCAAAACAUUUUAACAUUUAUGUAUUUAAUUGAUGAAUGUCAAUAAUAGACAGGGCCAGUUGUAGCAUUCCAGGUUUGAGAUGAAUGCAACAUGUUGAAAGGAAAUGUUUCCUUUCUGAGAAAUAUUAUAAAUAAAAUUUAUUUUGUAUAUAUGAAUAGCUGUCUGUAUGCUGGGCAUUUUACUGAGAAGUUUUGAAAACCAAUAUAACCAGAAUAUCAAAAUGCAUUUAUUAAAGCCAUUUUUUAUUGAUCUCCAAAUAGUUAUGAUUUUAAUUCUAAGCCAUUUAUCAUCAUUCAUUUUUUUCAGUUAAGGCAUUGUUAAGUACAUAUGAUUUAUAUAAAAUCUGUACUUUUUACAUACUUUUAGUUCAAUGUAUAGAGAUUUUCUUUUCUCAUUCCUUGAUAUAUUUUUUCUCCUUUUUUAUCUUUCUUUCAACUUACGGUGGCUCACCGCAGCAAUUGUUGAUGUUUCGAUUUGCUUCAAAGUGUUAUAUUUAUCCUAGAUUUGUCCCAAUAUUAUGGUGUGCAAAAAGCGUUUAAAAUGGCACUUAUUAUCAAAUCUACCAUUUCAACAUUAUUUUCAUAUGUUUUGUCCACUUAGAUACUGAAUUGUAAUUUUCUAAUACAUAUGGUGCAAACAGACCAUACUCACCAUGAUCAUUUUAUACAAACAUCCCACAUUAUGGUAUUUUUGCUGGAUUUUCAUUCCAUAAAAAAAUCAUGCAAAAUUUGUUUUAGCUGUUCAUGGGACAAUUGAUCUAGUCACUGUGUAGUUAGGCUACUGGUCUUCCAUUCAAUUAAGACGGCCAGGGUUCCAUUCCCGGUGCUAGCGGUCAACAUUCAGAGAUAUGUAUCUCCUUCCAAACAGGAGUUCUUCAGGGCUUACUUAGAAUAGUACGGUAAUUAGAUAUAGCACUGGAAGUUUUAGGUCGCGUUAGAAUAGUACGGUAAUUAGAUAUAGUACUGGAAGUUUUAGGUCGCGUUAGAAUAGUACAGUAAUUAGAUAUAGCACUGGAAGUUUUAGGUCGCGUUUCGAAUGCAAAAGACGCUCUAUAGAUUGCUGUAAGAGUAACUUACGGCUGGUACCGAAGACACUUACUGCAGAAGCGACUAAAAA